UUGCAGCGAUCCUCCUGCCUCAGCCUCCUGAAUGCUGGGAUUACAGGCGUGUGCCACCACAUCCGGCCGCCUCAUUUCUCUAGCCACAGUUUGCUAGGCUGUCUCCAGGGCUGUGCAGUGCGAGCUGCAGGCUGAGCACAGCAGAUCCAGCCUUGGCCUCAGUCCCGCAGUGUCAGAAAGGCUGCAAGGUGGUUGCCAAGUCCCGCGCCGUCCUCUAGUACAGGUCUGUCCCCAGCAGGAACCUGUGUGCCAGCCGCCCCAUGAGAGCCCUGUGAGAAAGCUGCUCCCCCUCUCUGGCAUCACAGCUAACAUAGGACCCAGGUGCGGUGCCGGGUUGCCUCUGGUGGGGACUCCAGCCUGGACACCACCUGGAGCAGAACCCUGUCCUCCGGGUGCUGCAUUCAGGGCCUUGGCCUCUCCUUGCUCCGGAGUCAUGUGGGUGCCCGCUGUGUAUCUGAGAGAAGUGAAAGUGCCCUGCCUCUUGGUGUGGGGAGGAGCUUUCCCUCCCCUGCGCCCUUGGAGGAGCAGGGGCAGCUGGGUGAGCUAGGAAGGGAGGAGGAGGCCACACGCUGCUGGGCGUGGGGCGGCGGCUCCCAGGCCGGGCAGCCGGAAUCCGGCUGCUGGUGAGAGUCAGAGGCCAGGAGUGGUAGCGUGGGUCACAAAACCGAAACGGAGCAGCUAGAGAGGAUGAGGACGGUCCGGGUCUCCGGAGGAUGGGGAUGAGCUGUGAAUGGGCCACUGGAUAUGGCGAGCAUGCAGUGUCUCCUGGAGAGAUGGUUAGGGUGGGCUUCCUGCAGCUUCCAUCAGGUCUCCUUUUAACACGGAAUCCACGGCGAAGGUCACACUGUGGCUCAGACCCUGGAGCGGCUUUUCAGCGGUGUGGGCAGUUCCUCUGCAAGAGUCAAAAACUCACGAAAGCAGCACCAAGAUCCGGGUCGCCUGGACUUCAAAGCCCCGCCCAGCCUCCGGGAACUGGAGCCUGGCGCAGUCCGGCUGCCCCAGCGGGUGCGGCUCCUGAGCUCUGCUCCUGCAGGCCGCUCCGCCUCCUCCGCCUGGCGCUGCUGGGGCUGGGCGGCGCAAGAGGAGCCCGUCCCGCAAGACCUGUCCACAGAGGAAGUCAACGCGCUGCACCGUCUCCCGCCGAGCCACUAAAUCACCGCCUAUUGACAGAGGCGAGGUUUCUUAUCCAUUUCCGCGUGCCGAGGCGGAGAGGGUUUCCUGGCCUACACUCUCCACAUGAGGAAGCAGCUCAUAUGCACAAGAAAACAAUGCCAAGUUUUAAAGAUCCGUUUUUUCUCUGUGCCAAAGCAAGGCUGCCGAGUUGCAGAUACUGAUGCCCACAGCUGUAUCCUGGAUGCCCGAGUUAGGGCUGGGGUGCAGCUCAGGGGUGCGGCAUUGCCCAGCAUGCACCACGCCUUGGGUUCCACCCCCAGCACCCCAAUAAGAGGAUUAAAACAGUACUUAGCUUCUAUUACUGGCUUCUAAAGUGCCAGGGCCCUGGUGCAAAGGCAUGAACAACUCGUUGUUACUGUUUUAUAAGGAGCCCUCUCUCCUGGAGCUUUGGCAUAGUGGCACAGGCCUGUAACCUCAGCACUCUGGGAGGCUGAAGCAGGAAGAUCUCAGGUUCAAACUCAGCCUGUGAAACUUGGCAACUAAGUGAGAUCCUAUUUAAAAUAAAAAAAGACUGGGGAUGUAGCUCAGGGCAGAGGGCCUGGGUUCAACCCCAGUAUCACAAAAAAGAAAUUAUGUGGGUUCUAAAUCAUAGUAUCUAAGAUAUAUGAAAAAAGUGGGUUAAAUAAGCUAGUUCAUGGGCCACAUUUGUAUUUUACAACCUCUGGCUUAGUUCAUAGAGUUUCGCAUUUUACUAGAAAAUAAGAUAAUUUUAAGUUUAUGAAAACCUUUUUUUCCUUUUUGUAGUACUAAGGAUUGAAUCCUGGGCUGUUGUCAUGAAAACUUUUGUCAGUGUAAAAGUGCUAUGUGAAGCUGGGCAUGGUGGCCCAUGCCAUGAUGACACCAGCUACUAGGGAGGCUGAGGCACGAGCACUGCAAGUUUGGUUCUAGCCUGAGCAAUUCAGUGAGUAAAUCUCAAAAUAAAAGAUGAAAAGGCUGGAGAUGAGGUAGCAUGGCCCUGGGUUUGACCCCUGGUCCAGCAAAAACAAACAAAACCAAGCCAAGUGAAAACAAAACACAAAGAUAUCCAAACUAUACUACGCAAAAGACAAACUGAACAAUCUACUGUAUGUAGUAAAACUGUAUUGGAAAUAUAAAUGUGUACAUAUAUGUGAACCUAUGUUGAUCUGAGUAUUUUUUAAUUGGAAUUGAUUUUAAUGGAUAAAGUUAUACUAUAUUACCAAUGAAUUUAUAGUGCAUUAGUCAUAAUGCAUUUAUAUGUUAAUGAUUAUUACAGAUUAUACAUGUUACAUACCCAUUUAAAGUUCAUCAAAUUGAAUGAGAUCUUUCCCCAGUACAUAUGAAGUUCAAAUUUGCACGUGCAUUUUGGAGGCCCCCGUAGCAGAGGGAAAAUUCUAGUUUAGGGGGAGUUGAGGCAAAGGAGAAUGAGUCAGUGAUAGAUGCCACCGUCCCUGUAUUGAUCAGAGGACAAUCAUAGCUCAUUCUGCCCUAUUGGGAGUUCCAGCUCUUAUCUCGGGAAGAAUUCUUGAAGCUGUUCACUCUGGAGCUUAAUACUGUGUUGGAUAAUCUGCUUGUUUUCUCUCAUCAAGCAAUGAGACGACUAUAAUCUGGCUUCUCAUAUGAAUUAGUUUCCAGGGAGAGAAUGUGAAGGU